CCCCGCUUCCUGGGACCGCACGACGCCGCGCAACGCUCGCCGGGAGCUGACCGAAGCUGCCAAGAUGUCGCUGCUUAAGAAAAGAAAGCUUGAGUUGGGGGGCGGCGGCGAAGGAGGGGAGGGAACUGAAGAGGAAGAUGGCGGAGAGCGGGAGGCGGUCCCGCCGCGACCCCGGAGAACUAAGCGGGAGCGGGACCAGCUGUAUUACGAGUGCUACUCGGACGUAUCGGUGCACGAGGAGAUGAUCGCGGACCGCGUUCGCACCGAUGCCUACCGCCUGGGCAUCCUGCGAAACUGGUCAGCGCUUCGAGGCAAGACGGUGCUGGACGUGGGUGCGGGCACCGGCAUCCUGAGCAUCUUCUGUGCCCAGGCCGGGGCCCGGCGCGUGUACGCAGUGGAGGCCAGCGCCAUCUGGCAACAGGCCCGGGAGGUGGUGCGGCUCAACGGGCUGGAGGACCGGGUGCACGUCCUGCCGGGGCCGGUGGAAACAGUAGAGUUGCCGGAGCAGGUGGAUGCCAUCGUGAGCGAGUGGAUGGGCUACGGGCUCCUGCACGAGUCAAUGCUGAGCUCCGUGCUCCAAGCGCGGACCAAGUGGCUGAAGGAGGGCGGCCUUCUCCUGCCGGCUUCCGCCGAGCUCUUCGUGGCGCCCAUCAGCGACCAGAUGCUGGAGUGGCGCCUGGGCUUCUGGAGUCAGGUGAAGCAGCACUACGGCGUGGACAUGAGCUGUCUGGAGAGUUUCGCCACGCGCUGCCUCAUGGGCCACUCGGAGAUCGUGGUGCAAGGCUUGUCCGGCGAGGACGUGCUGGCCCGGCCCCAGCGCUUUGCUGAGCUGGAACUGGCUCGCGCCGGCCUGGAGCAGGAGCUGGAGACCGGGGUGAGUGGGCGCUUCCGCUGCAGCUGCUACGGCUCGGCGCCAAUGCACGGCUUCGCCAUCUGGUUCCAGGUGACCUUCCCCGGAGGGGACUCGGAGAAACCAUUGGUGCUGUCCACCUCACCUUUUCACCCGGCCACGCACUGGAAGCAGGCUCUCCUCUACCUGAACGAGCCAGUGCAAGUGGAGCAAGACACGGACAUUUCCGGAGAGAUCACGCUGCUGCCGGCCCGGGACAACCCCCGCCGCCUGCGCGUGCUGUUGCGCUACAAAGUGGGGGACCAGGAGGAAAAGACCAAAGACUUUGCCAUGGAGGACUGAGUCCUGCGUUUUCUCCCAGUUGCCUCCCAAGGCGGCCUGACCUGCGUGGGAGAGGCAUGGGGGGGUCGGAGGAGAAAGGAAGCCCCCACGUGCAAGUAGGGGUGAUACCUGUCUGCCUUUUCUCUCAUGCCUCCUGGGGAGGGAGAGUGACUUCGAUCUCUUUCUGAGGAGAUUCUGCUGGCAAUUUUUAUUUAAAAAGUGAUGAUUACCCAUAACAACGGCUACAGCGUGGUUAUUAAUGGGUGUUUAAGCUUCAAAAGCAUGUGGUACCAAGCACUUCUAUUUCUUUGUUUUCGUGGGCGCGGGAGAGUGGGGGUGGGGGACUCACGGAAGAAUGUUGAUUUAUGAAGAGUCCAUUCAUUGAAGUCUUUGACACCUCUCACACUUAUCUACGUCUGAAGCCAGGGAGAAGGGUAAAAGGCAUAUUUUCUUAACCUCUGAACUCUCUCCCACCCCAGAUGCCUCUAAAAGCUAUGUAUGGUACUUAUGCCUACAUUGCUUUUUAAAUAAACUUUAAGACUGGGAAUGAGGAGGAGGAGAAUGAGGGACAGUUUAAAUAGGCAUGUCCUUCUUACUCUUACUACUUCUAUAGGGUGUUAAAGUUGAUAAGUAUAUUAAUCCAUUAAGUAAAAUGGACUACCUAAGAAAUUUAGAAGGAUUUUAGGAGAAAAAGACCUGAAAGACAGUGAAGUAGUAUGGAUUUUUUUAUACUUGUCUGAACUAUUAAGACUUAACCAGAAAAUGUUCUGUAUAUGCUGCAUAAUUUCGCCCGAUUCUUACAAAACAGGCUGAUGGAGAUUUCUGGUUCUGACCCAAGGGCUAUUCAUUACAUGGGUAAAUUAUUUAAACUCACUAAGGAAGAUAUUUUUCCUAGCUAGAACAGAGCACUCACUCAUUCUCAUUUGAAUUCACUCAUGUAGAGAGGAUCAUGUGACUUGGCCUACUUAUAUCUAGUGAAAUAUAAAGUUCCUAUUUUAGUUUCUUUUUUUCUUCUUAGCUCAGCCAAAUGCGAAAGUUGUGAAUUUAGGAAAAUCACUUGUAAUGAAGUGUGAGUUAGGUUAUCAGAUUUAUUUCACUAAUGUUUCUCUCCUUACCCCUGUAGCAAAUAAAACAUUGGCAUACUCACUAUUUUUACCAAUGAUAUAAGAAGCCUUGUGUACUGUCUGAGUUGUAAUGUUUUUGCCUUUUUAAUAUUGUCAGUUCUUAUGAAAAAUGUUACAGCACCUUCAGAAUAUAGCUGCAGGGUAAUUCAAACUAUGCUUAAUGUAUAGUUUUUAUACAUUAGCUUUUGUGUGCUAAUAGAAAAUAGGUAUGAAAAACUGGUCUUUGAAGUUACUUUACUUACUGUGUGGUCUGACAGUAUCAGCAUGGCUGUAUUUGAGGAGCACUGUACAACACGGGACACCGCACGAUCCAAAGGAAGCCCAAGACCUUUGGAGCGAGGACACUUCCAGAAAGAUGAGAGUGUGAAAUGCAGCUAGAUUCCAGGCACCGAUCAAUCUGUCUGUGUGUGAUAUGCAGCCAUAUCCAGGCACCAGUCAAUCUGUCUAUAUGGACAAGUAAUGAUUGCCUGAGGUUGUUGUGGCCACAGGCAGGAACUGCCUGUCCAAGAGAGAAGAAAACAUGGGAAGUUCUACCUGUUCCCUCUGACAUCUUACGUUUAUUUAGCACUGUGAAAUUUUCCAAAUAUUUUUAUUAAUUCAUUGGACCAAUGUGUAUUUUAUUUAGUAUAUACAGUAUAAUAGUCAUUGUGAUAAGCACUUAAGAUGCAAACCAAUAAAAUAUAGUUUCUAGCUUCAAAUGGAUUUGUUUAUAAAAUAAACCAGUAAGUUAAGUAAAUAAAUAAAUAAUAAUGGGCCAAAGACUAAGAUGAUAUGGAUGGUAGGGAGGGCAGAUAAUUGUCUUCAUUUUAUAAACUAGUAAAGAUUUAUACAGAUACUGAGGGUUGCAUAGCUAAUUCCUGACAAAUCUUGGACACUGGUCCUUUAGUUCAUAACCCCAAACAAAUCACUUUUUCAUUAUAUUAGUACUGUCUCCUUAAAUACCUCAAGAAUGGGUGACAACAGUUUUUGUAGUUUGAUAAAUAAAAGAAAGAUAAGUUCUUAGCCUGAGGAAGUGUCGUUGGAGAUCUGUCUCAUAGGUCUCAAAGAACCACCUUCAGUAUGUAGGAUCUCAAGGUUGACAAAUCCUAGGCACUCAUUGACCCAGGUCCCUAACAGAUAAUCACAUGUAGCCCUUUUUUCUGAGGCCCUCAGGAAAUUUCGAAUAUUCAACAGAGUAGCAGAGACAGAUGAACUUGCCAUACUAGCUGUAGGUACAGGUGCUGGAGAGCUGAAAGGCGUCGGAUGAGGCUAAAUGCAACACUGAUAAUGAGCAGGAAUUCAAAAGGUAAAGGUGAAAAGCUCCUCCAGCAAACAAUAUUGCCUCACAUUUUGCUUAUGACCAAGCAUACUAGUUUCUUCACACUAAAGAAUACCCAAUGCUGAGGAGGGAGGAAUCUUCAGAAGCACUUGCAGAGGAGUCCCCACUUGUAGAUGUUUAGCUUUUUAUGCAUUUAUUUACUCAUCUAAUAACUAUAUAACAAGUUCUACAAAAAAUAAGCCAAUCCUACCCUCAAAGAACUAGGACAGAGUAGGGAAAAUAAAAUUACCUAUAUCAAUAUGUGCAUACAUUCUUUAGCCUGAGAAGACUUCAUUCCAGCUAAAUCUUACUUCUGUUGAAGCAAGGUUGAGAAGCCCUUAUCAAUUGUAUCCCUGAAACUUCUAUGGAGUGCAAAAGUACUGACUAUCAUCACAUAUUUAUGAGAUCCUAAGAGAAAAAAUUCUUCCCUGGUGUUUCAAAAGUAUAAGUUCUCUAAAUAACUGAUUUGUUUCAGCUAAUGGACAUGGUAUAUUGGGUAGAUGACCCUUGUCACAUUGCCUACUAGAAACCUGAGCUAAAUUUAUGCCUCACUUGUGCUUUCUUUAGCUUUAUAUCUGGCUACAUUUCCAUAUCUCAUUUUUUUCUUAAUUCUCUCUCAUAAUAAAUAUUACAUGUUUUGCUGAAAUUUAUAUAUCCUUGUUCUUUUCUAAUAGAUUUGAGCAUUAAAAUAUUUUCCUACUUUCUGAAAUACCUGCAGAAGUAGCUUUGGGGAUGAGGAGUUUAGAGAAAAGGCUAGAGGACUCUGAGAUACGCCGCCUUUACUUCCUACAAAAUUUGAUGUCCCAAGUUGUUCAUGUGUAUGGAUAGCUGAUUCAGUUCCUUCUUUUCAGCCAGGCUUACAGUAUUUUAUAUUUUAUAGACUUAAGAUUAGUCAAUAUGUGAAAAAUUCUGAGACAUGCAGACAACCUUGCAGUAACCUUGAAUGUUCUGCAGCUCUUUCUAAGCCUAGAACAGGCCCUCAUUUCAUCUUAAAUAUAACAGUAGGGAGAGUUAUAGAUUGCCAGACUUUUUCCAAAAAUAUGUCAAAAUAGUUGAAAGUAAUGGUAGAGAUGAUAUAAUGAGAUUAUUUCUCAAAACGUACGAGGUUAUAGGAAAAGACAUUUAAGAUAGGAUCUGACUAAACACAAACUUACAGGAUUUUAAUAAAAAUUAAGACAUGAUCAGUAACAUUGGAAUUGUGCUCUUUUAGAGCCUUUAAUAAUUAAAUUCAUCAUUAUUGAUAAUAAUAACCAUAGGAGAAGACUGGUGAAGAUUUCCGUUUAUUAGGUAGCUUUUUAACUCUAAAUACAAACGCUUAUAAUAGACAGAAGAUCACAGACAACUGUGAGAAAACAAUUUUUUUUUUCCUUCUCUCCAGACUGCCCCAUGCAAAGCAAGAAAGGAUUGAAAGAAGGAAGGUAGGAUGGGAGGAAAUCCUUCCCACACUUUUUAAAAUGCUUUACAGGUGUUCCUGCAAUAGUGUGAUAAAUGUGUUGGUGAAAACUUUGCAUUCUGCAAAAUUGUGCGCUAAAAAUAACAAGCUUAAGGGAAAAGUAGGUUGGUGUACCAUCAAAACCUAUGUAACUUUGUAAGCCAGAGCAUUAACAAAAACAAUUCUAAUAAAAAUACAGCAGUUAAAAAGAUGUUAAAUUCCAAAUUGAUAAAAAAAAAAAAAAAAAAACCC